UUUAUUCAUAAAUAAAUUUCACAACACAUUUCGGCCCUUCUGUUCACUCAUUUAAAAUUCUCAAUUCCGUUUUUUUAUUUUAGCAGAUUUUUUGGGAUUUAUUUAGAAAAUGAAUACGACACAAAUUUGUUUUGCAAAUUCGCUCUUGCGCAAUUGGGAUGUAAUCUCCAAUCUGAAAAUACUUCCGCUUGUCUCAAGUGCCAUAAAAUUAUAUAGUAUCGAUUAUAGAAAAAAUUGUAAGAUCAUCGAAGGGCCUCGUUGUAGUCCGGUUGAGUUGGCUAAAACGAAAUGCGGUCAAGACCUGAAAAAUAAUGUGAUCAAAAAGCCCUAUAUUUUUUUGGAACUUAUACGUAAGCCCGAAUGUUGCUUGGAAUUAUGUCCCGAUCCGAUGCCACGAUUUGACGACUUAUACUAUAAGGAAUCAGAUAAGCUUAAACGUGUAUAUACACGGACUUGGAAAGCUUGUACUGGGCCACUAAUUAAGAAGAAACGUUUUUGCAGUUACGAUAAUUUGCCUGCGCUUCCAUAUAAAAAGCGUGAUUUCAGAAACAAGCCAAAAACGGCUUGCCGAGAGGGCGAUUGUACAAAGUUUCACAAAAAGUGCACUAAAAUUGUUUUGCCUGGAUGCAAGAAUGUGCCAUGUAAUGUUAAAUGCACUCCGGGACGUAAACCUUCGAACUGCAAAAAAAAGUGUACGCAAUACCCAGCUUUUUCCGAAUGUAGGAAGCCUAAAUUUAGGAAACUAAGACCUGUAGAAUGCAAUUGUUUGAAAGAUAAUGCGCUUUGCGAUCUCUACAAUUAUUUGAGGAAAAAAAUUAAAAAACGCCAGAGAUAAUAUGAAUUAUAAAACUGCAUUAAAGAUAUUCGAAGUAUACGAAUUUCAUUAUAUAUUGCUAUAGAAAGUUUAGGGGAUACCUACCCACACUUUUGAAAUUAUUAUCUAAACACAAAGAUUUCUUGUUGGGUUUUACGCACUCAGUGUCGGAAAAUAGAUUGUUCCAUGCAGAUUGUUCCACUUGGAGAAAAUUUUUUUACUACGCCGACUAUAAAUGGAAAUCAAAAUUAAUAAUUCGAUUUUACAAAUUUGAAUUGCUUUUAUAGUUGAUAUAGUAACAGAAAAAUUGCAUCAAUUGUUUAUCAUUUCGAUUCUGGAUUAAAUUUAAAAUAGGAAUACUGUGUUGUAGACAUGAGCUACGAAAAUGGAUGGUUACACACGGCAGUGGACAAUACAAUUCGAGCUAACACAAAUUGAAGUUCAUCAGUAGCGAUAUAGCGUUAUUUUUUUUUUGGAUUAGUAUAUAUACGGAAAUGGAUGGUUACACACGGCAGUGGACAAUACAAUUCGAACUAACAAUAUUUGAAGUUCAUCAGUAGCGAUAUAGCGUUAUUUUUUUUUUUGGAUUAGUAUAUGUGCGGAAAUGGAUGGUUACACACGGCAGUGGACAAUACAAUUCGAACUAACACAAAUUGAAGUUCAUCAGUAGCGAUAUAGCGUUAUUUUUUUUUUGGAUUAGUAUAUAUACGAAAAUGGAUGGUUACACACGGCAGUGGACAAUACAAUUCGAACUAACACAAAUUGAAGUUCAUCCAACUGAAAUACACAACUGCUAUGGCACAGCACUAUAGUAUAUAAUCUAAUAGGAUGGAUCUUUUCAUUUUUAAACAAAAAUUUAAUAUUUUCACCGCUAAAUUGGUGAAUUGGAUGAUGGAGUGAUCUGCUAAUACUCAACAACAAUUCUAUCAAUUUUUUUAUAACGGCUCCUAUGUAUUUAUAUUCUUUUGUAGUAUUACUAUAUAUUUUCUUUACUU